ACCGAAGAGAUCAAAGGAUAGAAAUCUUAGGAAGAGAAAAAAAAACCUGAACGAUGGGAGCAGAAGAUGGAGUGAAGCCACAAGGAAACGGCAAUCCUAAGCCAACCGCCAUUACGGAAUCUCAGUUCCUCGCCUGGAAGCGCCAAAAGGACUCUGAUACAGCGGCUAGGAAGGCUGAGGCUGAGAGGAAGCGGGCGGAAGAUAUAGCAGCCGGGCGUGUCCAGAUGAACGGCCGCGAGCUUUUCUUGCACGAGCCCUCGGUUUUUGAUAAUAAUCUCUACUGAUGUUUUGUCAUCUCCAUUAACUAAAUCUUUUCUUGUUGGAUCAUUUUUAUGUUAUGUUAAUGUUAAUGUCUAUGACUCUUCUUCUCUGGUUUUAAUUUAAAGGGUUUUGAUUAAUAAUA